ACAAACUCCAUCCCUCUUCUGUCACGGCAGUUCAUUGACAUUGGUUCACGACUUGAUUGCCGCAGUGGUCAGCAGACACACACGCAAAGCCUGAUAAUAUAUUCUUGGAUCUAGUCAGCGUCCGUGUAUUGAGCAGGCACAGCCGGCCCCUGUCAGUGCCUCGACAGUUCUGCUGGCUCUCCGUCUCGGCACACAAUUCUUUCGGUGUUAUGUAACUCACAUCCAUGCAGCAAUACCUGCUCGGUGCCCUACCGAGCCUGUGCCUGGCCUUGCUCCUCGCGGGCCUCGUCUUCCUGCUGGGCACUCGGCGCUACGGAAAGCACUCUGCAAACGGCAACUCACAUGCCGAGAUGAAGCUCGUUCGGAGCUCGACGGAGCGCGAUGGCCCAGAGGCUAACCAGUCGCCCUCUGGAGACCAGUCCAGCUUUGUUGCGGGCACUGAAAAGUAUUAUCAGGGCACAAACGGGCUUUACUGCUGCGAGGCUCGGCGCGACCAGCAACACAAUGUACCCGAGGCUGCCGGUAUCAACUCGGUCAGCUCAGAGACGUGCAACAAGGGCAGCACCAUCGCAGCGGCAAGCAGCGCAAGUAGCUCUGCCUCCGCACUUGCAGUUGCGCAGCAGGUCGCGAAGCGCUCCACCGAUGGCUCCAUGGGGGCGCUGAGCGGCAAGAAUGUGUCCGGCGCGUGCACGCCGCUCCACCCCGGCGUGCACCUGCUCCGCGAGCACUCCCCUCUGCUAGGCGGCUCGCGGCGCACCUCACUGGACACACAGCGCACCACCGACACCUCCACAUCCGCCUUCGACAUCGCGCGCGCCAUCAUCGGCCAGGCCAUGGAGCAGCCCUACAACCCUGUGUUCACGGUGGGGCGCGUGGCACUGAAGAUCCCCGAUCGCCACCCCUCCGACCUGCCGCGCCCGGACGCCUGGGCGGCGCCCUACCGCAGCGCGCUGGAGGGGCAGGGCGUGGCGCUGGUGGGCGUGUACGUGCGGGAAGGCUGUAUACACAUUGUCCUAGACGUCGUGGACGUGCAUGCGGGCGGCGGCGUGCCGCUGCCCGCUCCGCCCGCGCCACCCUACCACGCACAGCUCGACCACCCGCACCAGCACCAGCUGCCGGGCCAGCCUGCGCUUCAGCGUCUGCUCCAGGAGCACUCGCACGGAGUGGACGAGGGCGACGCGCAACAGCACUACCUGCAUCCGCGCCGCGGCUCCUCUGCUGGCGGCGCUGAGGCCCAGCUGCAGGCGGUUGCGCGAUUCACGCCGCUGCUGGAGCCCACGGCUGCAGCAACAGCGCAGGAUUCCGGCACCUCGAGUGAGCGGGUGCGCCAUGCCCGCGUGUCGUCCGUGAGCACAGGUAUACUAGCGGCGGAUGCAGGCUUAGCAGCUGCGCUGCCGUCAGGUCGGCUGCCUAGCGGGACCGCCGCCAUCGCAAACCCGUCGGCAACCUUCACGGCCGGAGUCAUGGCAGCGUCAGGGAGGACGGCGGCACCUGGCAGCCGCUUGGCUCGCUCGCGCACCGCCUCGGGCCGCUUCCUGCGCCAGGCGCGCCGCGCCAACAGCAACGCCGCAUCGCAAGACGCAGCAGCAUUCGGCGACAUGCUGGGAAGCGGCGGCCAAGCCAGCACAGGGCACCGGGGGGCGGCCUCUGCAGUGAGCAGCGGUGCCAGCAGCCGCUUCAGCGCCGGCUUUGGCGCCCUGGGCGGCGGGGAAGGCCCCGGCGGGCCGCGCCUGGCGGAGGCCAUGUCCCCGGUGGAGUGGGUCGAGCUGCUGGGCUCGCAAAUCGCGGGCGGCGGCCGGGAGGUGCUGCUGCAGCUGCCUCAGGGAGGCGGCGCGUGGAACGUCCGCCUGGGCGCAGCGCAAGCCGCCGGCGCCGCCGACGCGUCGGCUGCCAGCUUGGCGGCUGUGGCGGCGUCGGCUGCCGCCGCUGCGGCGGUGCGCGCCGCCGCCGGCCUGACGCCGCCGGACCUGACGUGUGUGUCGCCUCCAUGUGUGGUGGCUGGCGCUCCAGGGCCGCUCAUCAUGUACGCCGCCGGUACCGAUCUGCAGACCGUCGUGGCGCCAGGCAGCAUCGGCCGCGGCGCGGCCGCUAUGGCCGCGGCCACCGCAGCCGCCACGGAGAGCGGCCCGGCCGGCAGUGCGGCUGCCGCCGCCAACGGGGCCGCCUCAGGUGGCGGACAGCUUGCGGUGCACGUGCGGUACCGCGGCGCGUACCUGCCAGUCCGCGCCUCCCUGCUGGGGGACCAAAUGCCAGUGGAGGCGCUGAGCCGCGUGCUGCCGCUGCAGGCGCUGCAGCGGGCUGAGGUGCUGUGCCUGCAGCUGCCCGCGGCGCCCGCGGCGCCGGGGCUGAUGUUUGUGGAGUGCUCGCGCGGCGGACUGCUGGGCGCAGCGCUGCCCGUGCUGGUUGCACCCAACCUGGCGGUGUGGCAAGAGGUGACCAGCCUCGCCUCCUCAGUCGCCUCCACCUCCCUCCUGGCCGCAAGCGGCGGCGGCCCGCCUGGCGCCCACGGCAGCGGCGCGGGUGCGCAGGCUGCCGCCGGCUCCGUCCCUUCUGGAGCAACUGCCGCAGCCGCCACGGCCUCGUCUGAAGGUGGCACGGAGCCCAUUGGCGUCGGCGGUGCCGGCGGCGGCAUGAGUGCGGAGCUGGCUCAGCGCCUGAUGGUGGACCUUGGCCUUUGGCUGGACUUUGUUACGUGUCUGCCCGGCGAGGCCGCGUGCGCAUGGAGCAGUUAUGCAGCGUCAGCGCCAGCCGCAGUACCAGCGACCUCUGCAGGCAGCGCGCAGGUCGUGCAGCCGCAGCCGCAGGCACAGCCGCAGGACUUGCAGCAGCAGCAGCAGCAGCAGCAGCAGCAGCAGAGGCACCCGCCUCGUUGUCUGCGUGAAGGCGUCAGUGUCGCCGCAAGCGGAGCACCCACGGGCGGCGCAGGGCUUACCAGCGGCACCAGCGGUGUUGGCAGCAGCGGCCGCGCAGGCGUGGUCUCGCGCCUGGGCCUUUUCGGUCGCUCGCUGCUGCGGCUGCUGAGCUCAGGCGAGGAACAGCUUGCGGGCGCUGCCCGGGCCGCUGUCGCGGCCUUGACAACGGAGGAGGACGAGCCCGAAGACUUGUCGGGCUGCGCGGCAGUGGCUGCGGCGCCGCUCGUGCCGUCGUGGCCGGAGCUCCGUGUCUGUCCGGCGGCUUCCCCUGAGGGCUCCAGCCACGCACCUGCUGGCGUCGCCUACAGCAGCGACCCCGGGCCCUCGGGCACCGGCGGCGCGGGCAUAGCGGCCGAGCCCGCCGGCCCUCACGGCAACGGUGACAGCGUUUCCUACGCCCGUGCAAUCAGUGACCCCAACCAGUACAGAGCACAGCUGGCCGCAGCAGCCGAUGAAGAUGCUGCCGCAGGUGCUGAGGCGCCGCCCAUCGCUGCGGCCGCGGCCGCCGGUAAUGCAGACGCCGAUGGCCCUGCUGCUGCUGUUGCCGCGACCAUGGUUGUCGCCGCUGCACCGGCUGCCGCUGCACCAAUCGUGUUCGACACUCUCCACAGCGCCGUCUACAGCCGCCAGAGCAGCGCUGCCAUGGCCGAAGGCGUCGCCGGCUCCGCCUUGGGUCUGGCGACGGCCGGCAGCGCCCAUGUCCGCUCCCCCGCGGCCUCCAGCACCACCUCCACCGCCGCCCACCACCACCUGCUGCUGUCGCCCGAGGGCCUCAACCGCCUGGUGGUGCUGCCCUUCGACAGCGCCACCAGCGCGGCCUCGGGCGGCGGCGUCGCCCGCGCGCCGCCCGGCAUGGGCGAGGGCAGUGGCUCGCUGCCCCGCUCCGUGGGCCGGCCGUCCUUCAUGACUGCAGCCGCCAUGGGCGCCAGCGACUCGCAGACCAGCACUCGAGCUGGCGCUGUCGUUGCGGCGCUGCAUGGCGCACAGCAGCCCCUCACGUACCGGCACCCGGGCGACAGCGCAAGCCGCCUAGCGCAAGCCCCGGGCGAGCUUGGUGCCGGUCUGGCGUCUGGUGCGGCAAGCGGGGGCUUUCUGUCUUCAGAGGGCUCGCCGCCGCGCUCGGCCCAGGGCUUGCAGCACAUGCGGCCGUGCGAAGGCGGCGGCGGUGCUGUUGGUGAGGACGGGCCGCGCGCAGACAGCGGCACUGCCGGGGCGCGGCCUUCCAGCCAUGUUGUAGACCUGCAGCGCAUGCGCGCGCAGUCGUUCGCCUCUGAGGACGUCUUCUCUCGUAGCUCGGGGCUCCUUAGUGGCGACGGCACAGCGCAGCUGGGGCCGGCGCGCGCAGGCAGCGGCCUCCUCAACACCGCCGCGCAGGCAAUGGCCCAUCAGCACCUGUACGCCGGCGGGGACGCCUACGGCGCAGACCUGCGCAGCUGGGACAGUAUCACCGACGUCCUGCUCGCCUCGUCCAACACCCAGACGCGCCUCGGCUCCCACGCGGCCAGCUCCGGCGCCUCCCACGGCAGCUCCCUCGCGGCCGCCUACGAACGGCGCAUGGGCCUGCCCGUGCCGCUUUUAUACACCGCAGCCGCGGUCACAGCCGCCGCGGCGCCGCCAACAAUUGCGCUCCAUGCCACGGUCCCCACACACGCAUACACACCAGCGGGCGGCGGCGCCCGCGAGUAUGACGACGAGCCGGGUGAUGGUGCUGAUGCUGGUGCUGCAGGCACCGCCGCCGCUGCAGCGCGGUCCGGCGGCGCGGGCGCGGCGGGCUCCGGCAGCUCCGCAACCCGCCUGCUGGCGCGGGCCACGCAGGCGCAUGCGGACCGCGCCUCGGACGCGCAUAUCGAGCGGCAGCUGCGGCUGCUGCAGGAGCACCUAGGCAUGGUGGCUGGAGAGGCUGCAGCAGGAGGAGGAGGAGGCAGUGGCAGUGGAGGCGUGGUGACGGACGCGACCUCCAGUGGACCGGCCGCACUUUCUUCCGGGCAAGGCGCGGAGCAGGAGCUCGGUGCCGCCGCCUCCGCCAUCGUCUCUGGCGCGCCCGCGCAAGGCCCCGGCUUGCACUGGCCCUCAGCGCGUGCGCCCGCCUACGGUCCCACCUCCGUCGAUGUCGCUGCUCCUUCCGCCGCCCCUGGCCCUGCCGCUGCCACGUCGGCUGCCGGCUUCGGUGCGGCCCCUGCUCCCGCCGCCAGCUCCGCCCCCUCCGCGGGCCUGGGCCCCAACGUGGCUCUGUCGGGUCUGCUGGCGCACACGCCGCUGCUGUGUGUGCGCAUGCGGGUGCUGGGCGUGGGGCUGCUGGUGUUCGCGCUGCGGCGGGGCUGGGCCGCCACCGCCCUGGAGCUGCUGGCUGGGCUGCGGCGGCUGGGGCUGCGGCUGGAGGAGGUGGACGCCGCGGUGGCGGCGCGCGAGGGCGGCAUGCGGCUGCUGCACCUGGCAGUCACCGCGCGGCAGCCGGCGAUGCUGCGGGCGCUGCUGGCGCUGGCGCCGGCGGCGCCCGCGCCGGCGGCAGCGGCGCAGCCCGCGCCGCAGCCUGCCCCGCAGGCGGCGUCAGCGGCGCCACAUGAGCCGCUGCAGCUGGUUAGCGCCACGGGCAGGUUGCGGCACCACGCCGCCUCCGCAGCAGCUUCGGGCGUGACGCAUGGUGCGGCCGCCGCGGCUUUGUUCGCGUGGGAUGUGGCCGCGCCCGGCCCCAGCGGCCUGACGCCGCUGCACCUCAGCUGCGCACUGGACGACGGCGGCGAGGUGGCGUGGGUGCUUUUGGAGUCUGUGCCCGCCGCGGCGUCGCUGUGGUUCUCCGCGUGCGACGACACGGGCGCCACGCCGGCUGACAUGGCUGUGUAUGCGCGCCUGGAUGGGCUGAACCAGUUGGCCAUGGUCCGCCUGGCGGCACACCAAGCCGCAGAGGACGCGGCUGCAGCGGCCGUGGCGGCAGCAGCGGCCGUGCAGCAGCAGGAGCAGGAGCUGGUGGAACGGCAGGCGAAGGAUGACGGUAGGGCGGCGGCAGCAUUGCUGCAGCAGCAGGGUGUGGCGCCGCUGUCGACUGCACCGACCGGCACCCAAGCGGAUGGCCGGGCGUUGGCGGACGGCUGUACCCUGGCCGGUUCUACAUGUGCAGAGCAGGCGCCAUCGGACGCUGCAAAGACAGCGCCGGUGGUGCCUAUCGGCGGAGGCUGGGCAUCGCCCCAACUGCUGCGCACCUGCCUGUUGGGGUACCCGGUGUGGGCAGUGGAGGCUGAGUACCGCUGGUUCCAUGCGGCCUCGCUGGCGCGUAUGGACGCCACAUGCGGCUCCGUUUUCGGACUGUUGUUCUUGCUGCCGGCACUGGAGCUGCUGCGGCAGGCGGACUGGCCGGAGCUCCACACCCACAUCAUCUACAACGCUGGCCUGUUGGGUCCUUACCUGCUGCGGCUGGUGGCGCCGCGCACCUUCGUGGCCCGGCGCGACUGGCUGAUGCUGCUGGCGGAGGUGACCAAGGCGGGCGUGGUGGGGCUCACGAUGGCGCGGCUGGUGCCGUACCCAACUGCCUGGGCGCACUUUGCACGCGGCAACAUGGACAUCAUAAUGCUGGUGCUCAUUAAGCCGCUGGCAGAGCAGGUGGUGAUGCCGGUGGCGAUGUUGGAGCGCGCCAUGGCCACGCUCAGCGACACACACAUCUACGCGCACGUCAGCUACGGCGGCCGGCUGCUGCCCUCGCUGGUGCGCGCCGCGCUGCAGAAUCUGGCGGCUAUGGCUCUGGCGCUGCUACUGGAGAUGCGCGCACGCAUGGCCUUUGAGCGCGCCGUGCUACAGCCGCGCUACUCCGGCGAGAAGGCGGCGGGGGCCGGAGCCGCGAGGGCUGUAGCAGGGCUGGCGGGCCCGGCAUCGGGGGCUGGUGUCGCGGCCGGCCCGUGCGGAGGGGGCGUGGUGCGCUGGCUUGCAGGUGUAGCGGGCGUGAAGCACAAGCAGGAGUGAUUAAGAGCUUGGGUCGCCUGGCAGUGGCGCGCUGGCGGCCCUUGUUUGCUGAUAGCUUCGCGCUCUGAACAUAGUUAUGAUGCGCUUUAUGCGUAUAAGAAUGUCGGAUUUGGCCUGAAGUUGCUUGGAUUUCUGCAGUGACGCCGGUCGGUAUUACUUGAUAUGCUGCUGGCCUACCCACAGCGGCACUCGAUUUCGCAUUACCUGCGAGUUCUGGCUUCGUACGUCACUACACUGCGCGCAGCUGUUGCAAUGAGUCAGAGGCUGUGGUGCGGUGUGUGUAUGUGUAUGUAUGUGUUGCAUAACGAAACGAAAGGAGGCCUGCCCACAGCGCGCCGGUGUGGUCCGUGUGUCUAUGUGUGCAUGUGCGAGUGCAACUUGCACCUAGUGAGCUUCGUAAUUUGCUGCAGAUGUUUGUGUUGAUGAGGUGGUGUGUCUACCCACCUACCGAAAGGAUUGGACUCGGAUAUGACAUUGUCGGAAUCAUUUGAACCUCGUGUUGCGCGAGAGCAUCCUCUCAGGUUGCAUCGACCACUGCCUUCAUAAGUUGAUUCAUGACGUGCGCUGUGUGCAUGUAAGCACACGUUGAUGGCAGUGCGCAAGUAAGGCUGGAAGGGGACGUGGCAAUCAAAGCCAUGGCGCAGGUCCAAGCAUGGGUCCGGCAGGCAGAUUGCAAGGCUGCGGCAGGCCGCCCUCGGCAAACGCAGGUAUUUCAUCAUGCACAGUACCGUAUCGGUACCCGGCCGUGAUAUUUCAAUGGUGGUGCUCUACAGCGGUUGCGUGUGGGUGAAAAAGGUUGGCGCGGCCCGCGCGGCAUUGCACGGCGUAGGUGGCAUGGGCUUGGUGUAUGGUUUGCACAGGCAUUCCAAAUUCGCAAGGUAACCUUGGACGAUGGACUUGAGCGCUCAGCAAGCAUGGUCUGCCGAAGAGAAAUGGUCAAGCUGCAUGCGUGUGUGUCAGCAUCGCGGUAUGCAUGCAAGCACGUUAGGUUGCAUCUUGCGGUUGCAUCGGUCAGCACUGGCACACGUGCAACAGUUACGAAGCGGGCUUGAUGCUGCAUUACUACGUUAGCAACGUGGGCCUUGCAUCCUUACAUGCAUUUUGAUUGCCGCUCAAGCGCGGAUGCCUUUAUUUAGUAAGUUCAGCGGAAUCCUGGCAGGUGUCAAUCACUGUCUGAAGGGGUAUGGCCCCAGCAGAGGGCAGGGGGGCUGAACGCGGAUGAGUGUGAAGUUGUUUUUCGGGCGGUCGAGCGGGCGCCCCUUCGCACGGAUGCAUGAGAGCCUCCUCUCGCUUACUUUCAGCGGUUGUCGGGCAAGGGCGCGCCGUACAUGCGUGCGGCACGAGAUACCUGGCUGUGGAGGAUUGUGGUGCGAGUGUGUGCAGGCAAGCUACUAAUUUUGGAGUCACAUGUUUGCGACAGUACGCUCGGCCAAAGGGAGGUGAAGGCGACAUGGCCAAGGCACCUGAAGUGCGGAAAUGAAAGGACUGAAUAUGGUUGCCUUGACUUGGAGGGUCGUGAAGACACGUCAUUGCGCAAACUUGGAUGUGGCUGAGGCCUGGACCGUUUUCAAGCGCGAUCUUCGGGAAUGUCUUCCCUGGGAAUCUGGCAAGAAGUGUGUAAUGUUGUUUUGACGAAUGAGAUACCGGCAUCUGUGGAGGGCACUGUUUGGUUCCAGUGCCGUACCGUUGCGUCCACUGCGUUGACCUGUUGGGGCUAGUUGGGGCUGGGCAGUGAAGAUACCCUGCAUGACAGCAUGAGCAGAUCAGGAAGGCCCAGCAUCACACCAUGGCCAAGGUGCAAGCAGAGUGCCAAACCGGGUUU